GUAUGUAAAUUAAUGUACAAUCAAAAUAAAUCACCAGAUUCUUAAAAGAUAUCUGAAGAGUUAUAGCCAUAUAAUUAUUUUAUAUACCUAGUAUAUAAUUUUCUCUUGAAAUUAUAGCAAAAAAUAAUAAAUAACAGGGGAAAUAAUCAAAUUAAAUUUUAUAACAACAGGAAGAGGAAGUGAGUUAUUUCCCUUCCAUAUUUUCAUUUAAAACCAAAAGAGGAAUUUCCAGCUUUGUCAAACAGAAAGUCAACACAAUUUUUUUUUUCAAUUAUUUUCAAGACAAAGUCAUACUGAUACUGUCAAAUACAACUUUAAAAAAUGUUUCAAGAACAUGACUACAGAGAAAACCUAUCAUUGAUGUUAUCAGAGGUUUUAGAUGACAUUGGUGUCAAUGAAAGAAUGGUAAUGAGAAGAAGAAGAUGUCUCAUGCUGGAGGAGACUAUGAUGAAUAUCACUCACAAGUUAGCUGAUACAAACUUGACUGUAUAUUAUCUAGGUAGUCAGAGGGAAGGUACAACUACUAUAGGACUUCAUUCAGAUAUGGAUAUACUUCACUGUAUUCAUGAGUACAAUAUAAUACAAGACUGGUCAGAGUGGGAACAUGGCAAGGAAAACUAUCUCAUGAUACAGGAUGAGAACACUACACCUGGUUAUUGUUUCUUACAACUGCUCCGACAUGAUAUACCUCUCCCUGUUACAGUCAUUCCUAAUGAACACUAUAUAAAUGAUAGAAGUGGAAGAAUAUUGUUAAAAAACACAUUAUAUAAUGGUGUCAUUCAGGAUGCUGUAGAUCAUGGACCAUCAAAUGCUAGACAAGGACAGGAUGGAUUCUGUGAUAUAGACACUGUGCCAGCUUUUCCUUGUAAAUCAUGGCCUCAAUCAGCAUCAGGUUGGUUAGAUAGACAAGGUAUAGGUAGAUGGCCAACACUAGACAUGAGAAGAUAUGCAGCCAGUACUAGGUGUUUUGUUGUUGCAACUGGAAGUAAGGUCAGUGAAUAUCCUGAACUGGAAUGGAGAAUAUCUACAUCAUUGGCAGAAAGGUGCCUUAUACUUAAUCUAAAUAUAACACAAAUAAGGUGCUAUGUAUUAUUGAAAAUGAUUCUUAAAUCCUUCCUUAAUCCUCAAGGGGAAAUCAACAUAUCAAGCUUCAUGUGUAAAACAGUUCUAUUACACUGUAUAGAAAACACAGAGUCAAGUAUAUGGAAAGAGAACAAUUUAUUUAUAUGCUUAACAUACUGCUUAUUAGAAUUACAUAGCUGUGUACAGAAUGACCAUUGUUCACAUUUCAUUAUCCGAGAAAACAAUUUGAUGGCAGGGCAAUUUACAGCUGAAAAAAAACAUGAACUUUCAAAAAAUAUAAGUGAUUUUUUACAGAAUGACAGACAAAUGUUACUUAGAAUUGAUAUUGAUGAUCUUGGCUAUAGAUUGCAAGUUAAACUGAACAUGGUACCACACGGAGCAUAUUAUUAUCAAUCUUCUCUUGCAAUACAUGAAUUUUAUAUGUACUUUGAAUAUUUAGGCACAGCAUUCUCUGUAAAGGGGGCUCAAAAGCUUCUUUUAAGACAUUUACACACAAAAAACAUUAGAACGAUGAAGCAUUGUAUAGGUAAACUAAUUACUUUCAAUGUUAAUGGUAAUAGAUUAGAACAGGCUGCAUUCAAGUUUCUAGCACCUUUUCUUUUUACCACAUAUGGAUCUAUCCUGGCAUCAUCUAGUAUUAGUGAAAAUAAUCAAGUGUCACCUCAAGCAUUGGUUUGGUUAUCAGCUGGUUUAAACUCAGAUAUCUCAUCUAGCAGACUUAAAUUGGCUUCAGUGUUCUACUGUACAGGAGAUAUGGAGAAAGCUGAACUAAUUCUGAGACACACUGAACAACAAUAUUACUCUUAUCCUGUUUUUACUAUCUGUAGAUGCCGGGAUAUGCCUCCACCAGCAGUAACAACAGAAAUCAUGAGAAUAUGUGGUGAACAAAGUGAGGACUGUAUUAAACAUAUAACAGCAUUUUGUGUCACAUUCAUACAGAAAGAGAUCAACUGUAUUCCUCAUGAACUACAAUAUGAAAUGUUCAGAUCUACACAAGAUUACAUGAUACACAGAAUUCGGUAUAGAGACUUUUGGAUGGACUGGGCUGUAGUUGAUUCUCUACCUUUCCUGUACUUCCUACAAUAUAAGAUCUACAGUCAUCUUCAAAGACAUCAAGAUCAACAACAAGCACUUAGUAAACUUAUAAGAACCAUAGUAACUGAUAAAAACCUUGGACAUAGAGAAACAGCUCUCAACAUCUUAGGACAAUGUAUGGAACAAGAAAACAGACCUCAACAGGCAUUAAAUUGCUACCUGCUUUCUCUUCAACUAAGGUCAAGAAACAAUGUAGCAAAAUUCCAUAUAUGUAAGCUCCUUUCUGGCUUAUUGGCUAGCCAAUAAUAAGGGGUCAAAAAACAGUGACAGUGUUACAAAUUAAGUUUUCAAUGAUCAUAAUUAUACUGUGUGUUUGUAUCAAACUGAAUCAGAUGUUAAAAUAUAUGCCUUUCACCAUUCUUUCUGUAACUUGUUAGUUUCAAAUAACAUAAUCAAAGUGGAUGUAACAAUAUUUAACUUCUCACUACACAUUGAAGGUCUUUCAGUUAUACUUUCAUAUGAAUUAGCAACUAAUAUGUGACAUAAUUUUGUAUCUAUAAUCAUAUACUGUUAUAAAAUAUGUAAUAAACAAAUAAAACUG